AUGGGGAAAAACAGGGGCUUCAAGCCCCAGGGCCUCCAGUUAAAUCCCAUAAAACGCGUUGCAAGUGGCGGGCCUUCGCUUCUUGAGAAACUAGGAAGAAAUUCGCGGCCAACAUGGGACCAGCUGCACAAGAUGCUGAAGAAGAAGGAAGCAUCGAAUAGCGAGUUCCUCGAAAAGUAUGAAAAUGAAUGCUUCAGUAGAGAACUACAGAAUUUUCGGAAUGCGAAGAUUGAAGAACAGGAGCGGCAGCACUUGGAAGCAGUAAAGAAGGAGGCUAAGAAGAGACAGCGCCGAGACAGCUCCAGCAGUGACAGCAGUUCAAGCGGUUCGGAAAAAUCCCACAAAAAAAAGCGCAAGAGAGAAAAAGACAAGAAAAGGAAGCAGAAGAAGCAAAAGAAAGCUAAGACGGCAAAGCAUUCCGAAGAAAACGCGGCUGAAAGCGUCACCCACAACCCCUUCCGCCUUUCUACUUUUUUCGGGAUGGAAAAAGAAUAA